AUGGACCACCACUGUCCUUGGACUGUCAAUUGCGUCUCGCACAUUACGUUUCCACACUUCAUCCGCUUUCUGUUCUACGCCGUGGCAGCUAUGGUAUAUCUCGAGUACUUCCUCUAUAUCCGGGCCGCUGUUCUCUGGAAAGACCGCAAGAUGCCGAGCUAUCUAGGACCAUCUGCGCUUCAAUUGGCGCACCUCUUUGUACUCGUUGUUGCCAACUCGACAACGCUCUUUGCUCUGUCAAUCCUGCUAGUCCAGUCGAUAUGGGGACUUGCAUCGAACACGACUACGAUCGAGCGCUGGGAGAUUGAGCGUCACGAAGCUCUGCUUAGACGUGCCAGACACCUGGGAGGGUUUCUGGAUGGUCCGGACGGCCAGAGGGUUAGAAUUAUCAGGCAGGAGUUCCCGUACGACAUCGGUAUCUGGAAGAACAUAAAGCAGGGCAUGGGUAGUGGAAAUGCAUACCCCUCAGUCACCUGGCCCCCUCCAGAUCCCGACCGCAUACCGCGCGUUCGCCGAGAAUUUAACCCUGAAGAGGCGUUUAUCCACAAGGAAGGCUAUGUGGACACGUACAACGAAGUCGAAGCAUUCCGUCAACGCCAACAGGAGGACCUACAACGAUGGAAGCGACCAUCAAAUGAGGUGCAGAGGCGUCGACCGUUCCAUGAGCGCCUCGAGAAAUCGGUGGCAGCGGAGGUGGAAGAUGGGUAUAGCAGUCCUGAUGAGCAAGACGGUGCGCCCGGCGAAGAGGCGUGGAGAAACUCCGAAGGUGAACGGCUGGCAGACUUCGGUGUGGAAGAGGACGUAGAUUUCUAUGACGAGGACGAGGUCCCGUUGGCUGACCUCUUGCGGAGGCGGAAAGCGGCCUCUGUGAAGGGGCAAUGA